UUCUCCCCACACUGCACUCAUUCCAUCAGGUUCUCACACACACACAGACACGCACACACACAAACACACACAGCCUGUGUGAAAGGAUGAGCGAGCCAGGGAACAAGUAUGACAGGGAGCAGCAUCAGCACCACUGACAAGAAGAGGAUAAAGUAAGGAAAGUCAAGAGUAAGAAGUUUUUUUAGGUGGAGGAAGGAAAACCAAAGGAGAUAUUUUUCCUCUUCUGGUGGCUCAUCCUGCCUGCCACCUUUCUCCCCUCCUCCUGCUCUUCCUUUCCACUCCUCUUCUCAUCCCCGUAACAUCUCCCAGCUCCCGCCGUGGGGUCUCAGCUCUCCGUCUCCCUCCCCCCUUCCCUCGCUCCCUACCUCCCCCGGGCCUUGCUCGGAGCCUCCAGGCUUCUGCGUCGGAGGAGGAUGUCUCGCAGGGAGUCUCCGCCGCUGCCUCGGAGCCAGGAGCAGCUGCUCGGAGUGAGGGUGCGGGAGGUGGACUGCAACGAUCGUCCGGAGCGCACCGAGCCGCUGUCCGACGUAGAGAGGGAGAUUAUCCAGGACACUUGGGGGCAUGUCUACAAGAACUGUGAGGACGUGGGGGUGUCAGUGCUCAUAAGGUUCUUUGUGAACUUCCCCUCUGCCAAACAGUACUUCAGCCAGUUCCAAGACAUGGAGGACCCUGAGGAGAUGGAGCGUAGCUGCCAGCUUCGACACCACGCCCGCAGGGUGAUGAACGCCAUCAAUACUGUGGUGGAGAACCUCAAUGACCCGGAGAAAAUGUCAUCAGUGCUGGCCCUGGUGGGAAAGGCUCAUGCUAUUAAACACAAGGUGGAACCAAUGUACUUUAAGAUAUUGAGUGGGGUGAUGCUGGAGGUAUUGUCCGAAGACUUUCCAGAAUUCUUCACCGCAGAAGUGCAGAUGGUGUGGACCAAACUCAUGGGUGCAGUGUACUGGCACGUGACCGGGGCCUACACAGAUGUGGGCUGGCUCCAAGUGUCCAGCUCGGCUGUGUGAAGGGUCAGUUUAGGAGUUUUUUUCAGUGGACUUUACUACACAAGAGAAUGGCAUGUCUAUCACAUUGUUUGAGCUGGAAAAAUCUUUUUCUAAAUUACAUUUAAAUUUGUAUUAUUUAAAGUUAUUUAAGGUUUUUUCAUUUUUGUAAUGAACCAGACAGGUUCUGCACAACAGUUUUUUUUUUAUUUUCCUGACAUGACGCUUUCUAACAAUGUGGCUUGGCGACCUCUGCAAACACUUAAUGACAUUUUAGCUCAAGUAAGUGAUAGUUGGGGGUGUGUGAUUUUAGUCCCUCGUGGUUAAUACUAAUUAUCUAGUCAACUGUUGUUGCCAAAAAACAGCUGCCAAGCUCUUAAAGAAUGGGACGACUUAAAAGGAGGUGUGUGUGUGGGGGGGGGGGUCCCUUCUCUGUUUCUGAGCUGUCAAUUCUAGCAUAUAAUUAAAAGAUCAAGUUUGUCCAAAGCCUGGUUCAGGGGCCAUUAGUGGCCAGCAGGCAAGAUUUCCAUAAUAAUGUCGCGGAUUACCACUUUUAAAAGUUAAUUUCUGUGGAAACCUGCUAAAAGACAUUCAUGUAUAUAUAAAUAUAUAUAUGAAUGCAUAUGCAUAUGAAUAUGUGAUAUCCUGAAAGUGAUAUUAAAACAGACAAGGAAUGAUUUUAAGCAAACCUUAAGCUUAAGGAGCACACUUUAGGACCAUGGAGCUGCUGACUGUUAAUACAUUUGUACUUUUUGUGUCCUAUAAUCCUCCCAUUGAAGGGGCCCUGCUCUCCUUUGCUCUCUCUCUCGAUGCACUGUGCUCUAGUGUCUUGUUUAAACUUUCUACAAGUGUACAUACGUAUAGUCCUCUGCCUUUGCCGCUCUCUUUAGACAAACACUUUUACAACAACAGUGAGAAAGUGAGAUGGAAAAUGUCAGCAGGUGGGCACGAUCAGCAAGCACACAUGAACAUGUUCACGCAAGGUCAACCUUCCCGAUGCUAAUAUUUACUAGACUGUCACUUAGUUUAGCUCGUCAGAGAGACAUGCCGUAUUAAAGGCUCCAUUAAGAGCUUUGAAAACCCGCUCGGGAGGUCCGGGAAACAAACAGCCCGUUCUCGCAAGAAAAAAAAAACAAAAUGUAAUGUAAUGGCAUUUUUGUGUUAGUGCAUACUGGUAGUGACUAGUCCAGUUUGACCAUAGCACCAAACCAUGACCAUAGUUUGUAUACAGUAUAUAUAUAUAUAUAUAUAUAUAUAUAUACAAGUAUAUACAAGUAUAUACUGCAUACUCAACAUAAAUAUAAAACCAACCUUUUUGUUUUUGCUCCUAUUUUUCUUAAACUGAACUCAAAUCCGUCACACUGUUUCUAUGUACACAAAAGACCUAUCUCUCUCAAAUAUAUACAAAUCUGUCUAAGUCUGUGUUAGAGAGUAAGGGUGUCCUGAGCCGAUAUUGACAUCGGUCCGAUAUCAGCCAAAAAAAACAAUAUCGGAUGGGCCUGCAUCUAAAAUCUCUGAUAUCGGUACGCCGAUACAAGCAGUUCAUUCCAGACGCCGUGCCAGCACCUCUUCUAUGCAGCAUGUAGAGCCCACAUGAUCCCAACAACAGCAUGUGAUAGUGUAGGAUUACUGUCAGCCGUGUGGUUGUGUUUUUCAUUAAAAUCCGAAAAAGCUGAGUGCGACACUUGUCAUGUACAAGUUUCCCGUGGUGGCACAGAACUGGGGAAGUUUAACACGACCAAUCUCAUUGUGCAUUUGAGGAAGGAUUUUCGCAUCAUCAUGGCUUCCUGAAACAUCCACCACUGUUUGAAACAUUUGCAAAGAUUGAGAAACUUCCACGUGACAGCAACACGUCAUUGGCUUUAAGAAACAGGAGCCAACGAUGACAUGUUCAUGUGCACAUCGGGCCUCGCUACAUUAUGCCUAUUGUCGAUAGGACUAUAAACCAGAUGCACCAAGAAGUCAUUGGGUCAGUUUUUCUCAUACCUACUGUUGCUGACUAUUAUUCUCUGUUUGAGUAAUAUCACUCGAUCAUGCCUUUUCUAACAUUCCAUAGUACUAAACACGUAAUAAAAGUAUGUAUGAUCUGUGCUGAUAUCGGAUCGAUAUUCAUGGCUGCAAUAUCGGAGUCGAAAAGGAAGUGAAAAAUGCGUAUCGGACGCUCCUACUAGUGAGCAUUCAUAAUCCAUAGUUCAUCCACCUCACAGGUGUGGUAAAUCAAGGUGCUGAAUAGAUAGUGUGAUUACUGCACAGGUGUGCCUUAGUUUAGCUUCACUGUAUUGGGGGGUCCAAAAGUCAGUCUGUAUCUCGUGUUUCCAUCAUUUGCUUCAAAUACUGCAGAAGCUAGAUAGGUGUUUGUAAAAUGCCCAUUAGCAGUAGCUAGUCUUCCUGGGGUCCACAGACUUCAAAAGACAUAAAGCAUACACAUGCACACUUGCAAACCAAUAAGGGGGGGAGACACAUACAUAUACUGUAGUACAAUGACAGGACAUUCAAAGAUAAUACAACAGCUCUACAAUAAUCACAAGUUACAACUAUGAAUUAAUCUAUAGGAUUGACAAUAGCGCUUCAUACAGUUACAGUUACACAUAUGAAUACACAUACAGUAUAUAAAGUGGUGUGAAAAAGUGUUUGUCCCCUUCCUGAUUUCUUAUCUUUUUGCACAUUUGGCACGCUUAAAUGUUUCAGCUCAUCAAACAAAUUUUAAUAUUAGUCAAUGACAACACAACUGAACACAAAAUGCAGUUUUUAAAUGAAACUUUUUAUUAUUAAGUGGAAAAUAAUCCAAACCUACAUGGCCUUGUGUGAAAAAGUGAUUGCCCCCUAAACCUAAUAACUGGCUGGGCCACCCUUAGCAGCAACAACUACAAUCAAGUGUUUGCAAUAACUUGCAAUGAGUCUCAUACAGCGCUGUGGAAGAAUUUUGGCCCACUCAUCUUUGCAGAAUUGUUGUAAUUCAGCCACAUUGGAGGCUUUUCCAGCAUGAAGCGCAUUUUUAAGGUCAUGCCACAGCAUCUCAAUAGGAUUCAGGACAGGACUUUGACUAGGCCACUCCCAAGUCGUCAUUUUGUUUUUCUUCAGCAAUUCAGAGGUGGACUUGCUGGUGUGUUUUGGAUCAUUGUCCUGCUGCAGAACCCAAGUGGGUUUCAGCCUGAAGUCACGAACAGAUGGCCGGACAUUCUCCUUGCGGAUUGUUUUACAAAAAAAUUCUUGGUUCCAUUUAUCACAGCAGGCCUUUCGGGUCCUGAAGCAGAAAAACAGCCCCAGAUCAUCACACUACCACCACCGUAUUUUACUGUUGGUAUGAUGUUCUUUUUCUGAAAUGCAGCGUUACUUUUACGCUAGAUGUAAUGGUACACACACCUUCCAAAAUGUUCAACUUUUGUCUCGUCAUACAACAGAGUAUGGCAAAAUUGAGAUGAGCCUUGAUGUUCCUUUUGUUUAGGAGUGGUUUUCGUCUUGGAACUCUGCCAUGCAGGCCGUUUUUGCCCAGCGUCCUCCUUAUGGUGGAGUCAUGAACACUAACCUUAGCUGAGGCAAGUGGCAAAGGGGCAAUCACUUUUUCACACAGGGCCAUGUAGGUUUGGAUUUUUUUUCCCCUUAAUAAUGAAAAGUUUCAUGUAAAACCUGCAUUUUGUGUUCAGUUGUGUUGUCAUUUAGUAAUAUUUAAUUUUGUUUGAUGAUCUGAAACAUUUAAGUGUGACAAACAUGCACAAAAAAAAAAAAGAAAUCAGGAAGGGGGCAAACACUUUUUCGCACUACUGUAUACUGUACACAUACCCAGCUCAACACUAACAAGAGAAAUACAGAUUAUUAUUGAAAAUAGAGUAAAAAUAAUGUCCGGUUAGUAUGCUGGCCAUGCAGGGACUGGGAUGUUUUCAUCUUCCACAAAUUGUUCAUAGAUCCUUGCAACAUGGGGCUGUGCAUUAUCAUGCUGCAACAUGAGGUGACGGUCGUGGAUGAUAAUUCAGUACAGUUAAAAACUGUGCAUUUUGGAGUGGCCUUUUAUUGUGGCCAAUCAAAGGCACACAAUAAUCAUGCUGUCUAAUCAGCAUCUUGAUAUGCUGCACCUGUGAGGUGGAUGAAUUAUUUGUUAAUUAUGAAUGCUCACUUCCACAGAUUGAGACAGAUUUGUGAACAAUAUUGGAGAGAGAUACGCCUUUUGUGUACAUGGAAAAACAUCUAUGAGUUCAGCUCGUGAAAAAUGCGUGCAAAAACUAAAGUUGCAUUUAUAUUUGUCUUGAGUAGCUGUACUUUAAUAAUGGUGUGAGGCAAAAUUAAGGAUGUUUUUUGUAUGUGUACAAUUUCCUGCUAAAUUCUCAUGAGAUUAUGUUUCAGAAUUACAGGUGUUAUAUGUCUUAUUUUUUUGCCCAUCUAGCAUUAUACCAAGGAUAUUCAAAACAGGAGUUACCAUUAGAUGACUUUAGGAGAUGCGCAAGAAAGAAAAGAAAUAUAUAGUUUUCAAACCUGCGAAGCAAAUUUAAAUAAUGUUUAAGUUCCUGAAGUUAGAGAGUAAACAGCAAAAUCAGUUUUUCAGAGAGUAGGAGAAGCCCCAACUGUAUUAUGCUCUCGGUCAGGAGUCUCACUGUGGCACUUUGAAGACCUGUGUUACAAACAGUAAAACCAUGAUUCUUUCUAUCCUUGAGAACUUCAAUGUACAUAUGGUCAUUGUCUGUCAUCGUUCUGCAAUGCGGUGCCCUUUAUAGUCACCAUCUCUCCAUUAAAUUCCCAAGCAUCCACAGCAAAUCUGUUUAGGAUGGAUAUUUGAUCCAAUCUUGAGCUUGCAUCUGCUCCAGUAAUGUCCUGUUUCUCCCAGUCGACCCCUGUUGACAUCAGCGUCUGUUAGUCACGAGGAGGCAAUGAGUCUCCUCUCCUCAUCCUCUGAUCAUUCAUCUACUUAACGUAACUUACCAUUGCCUCUGACAACAGUUGUUCAUCAUGAGUAGAGAAUCCAAUCACUUAGAAUGCAUUCAAUUUAGUUUGUGGGCAUGAAUGAAUUGGAGGAUUAGUAGAAAUAACUGCCUUGAUCUUCCUACAUUUGUUGAUCAUUGAUACUGACUUACUUGGCUUGAGAGUACAAGAAAAAAGUCAUGCUUCUCGAGAACAAAGUCUAGAACACAUUAGUCAAAAUUCAAAAGUCA